AUGUCCUACCUGCAGCCCCCUGGCCGCGACCUGGAGCACUUCGAUGGGCUUUCCCUCAUCUACUGGGCCGGAGGCUGCGCUGGCACACACGUGGACAGCUCUUUGUCAUCACCCAUUUAAGAAAGAUGCCUCUCCUCUCUCCCCAGGACACUCAUGGGACCGUACGGGAUGGAUCGAACCAUGCAUUGCUUUGACUUCUACGACUGUGCCAAUGGACUGGGUAUUAAGGUGAUCGGCGGCAUCAAGGAGCUCACCGGAGAAGAAUAUGGAGUUUAUGUCAAGAGGAUCCUGCCAGGGGGUGUUGCUUAUGCUGACGGGCGCCUGCAGCCAGGAGACCAGAUCCUGGAGGUCAAUGGAGAUUCCCUAAUUGGGGUUACCAGCGAGAGGGCCGUGGACAUCCUGAGGACGGCAUCAGCCACCAGCCACAUGCGCCUUCUUAUAGCCCGCGACGAUGACGCCAGAAGAGAGUUCUCAGAGCUGCUGGAGAAGUUUGGCUCCCAGAGCAACACUGGCUCUGCACGGAGCUCACCAGUCCUGCAUGGCAGCAGUCGAUACCUGGAAAGCACGUCCUCAGGCUCCUCCUCGCGUUCCCAGAGCCCGCUGCUGCUGAGCCCGGCCAGCUCCCACGGCCCCUUCAUCGGCAACCCAGUGCAUACACCCCACACGCACUACUCCACUGAAUCAGGAAUCCAGAGCAUUUCUAUAGCAAAGUCCUCUGGCUUAGGGCUGACAAUCAGUGGUGGAUCCAACAGACCUGAUGGUCCCAUGGUUUACAUUCAAGAGCUUAUGCCAGACGGUGACUGUUACAAGGAUGGUCGGCUCCGACCUGGUGACCAACUAAUUGCUAUCAAUAGAGAUUCCCUGGUGGGUAGCACACUUGAAGAGGCCAGAAAAAUCAUUACAAAAGCCAAAUUCAGACACGAGGGAAACACAGAAGUGGCCUUUAUUCCUGGACGGGGACGGUUACAUCCCGGACUGUCAGUUCAUAACAACAUUCCGUCACCACCGCCAAAGGCUGUGGGAAAUGGUCUGACUUCCUGCAGACUGAAGGUCCACGUGAGGUCCCCAGAGAAUAGACAUGAAAAUCAUUUUCCUGUGCCUUCUUUGUCACCAGACAUUUGCCCACCAGAGCUUACUGUCUCAGCGCCCACUUCGGCCCCCAGCCAGGGGGUGGCUGCAGGCACCAAGCCCAGAGUAGCGCUGGACCCCCACAUCCGCCUCAAGGACGGCAAGCUGGAGCUGGUUCUGCAGUACCUCGGUUUGGAGGUUACCGAGGAGAAGAAGAGGCAGUUGCGGCAAACUUUGACCACGGACUCGCAGGGGACGGUGGCCUAUGGAGAUCUCCUCCAAGCGCUCAGGGACGUGAUGCAGGACGAGCUGGAUGAGGCCGGCCUGGAUUCCAGCUCUGUGCUCUUCACCCAGCAUGAGGUGGCCAGUCUGCUGGACACGUCGGCGUUUCACUCCCCGACCCUCGACUCACUCAGCUGCAACGGCAGCGAGGAGCUGGAGCAGCUGCAGCUGGAGAUGACGGACCUGCGGCAAGAAGUCCGACGGCUAAAGUCUCUCCUGAAAGAGGUGGAAAACAGUAAGAAGUCAAUGGAAGAUGAGCUUCAGCGGCUGAACCAGAAAGCCCUGGGCUUUCUCUCUGAGAACCGAACGCUGCACAGCAAGCUGCAGAUGGCUGAGGUUGUGCAGAGACAGGCUCACAGCGCAGAGCAGGACUACGAGGAAGUGAUCCACUUGCUAGAAGCCGAAAUUGCAGAACUGAAGAUGCAGCUGGCAGGGAAGAAAGCAAAACAUGUGGCCGAAAUAGAGGAGGACAUCCUGGAACUGAAAAGACAGUUGUCCCUGGCUGACGGCCAGUUACGGAAAUCAGAAGUCUCACGGAAGCGCCUGGAGAUCUGCAAUAGGAAACUGCUCCUGUUUGUGCAGAACGUUCACAAGGUCUUGAGCACACCCAGUCACUUACCAGAUGAGAAAAGAGCCAGCAGUGAAACAGAAGAGGAUAAAACAGACGCAGUCUCAGAUACAUCUCUUCCAUCUUCAGAUCUUGUUGACAUCUUGCUGUCAGAAGCUAAAGAACUGCUAGCACCAAUCCUCUCCAACAAGGACGCUUCGCCAUGUGACAGGGACCAGUGCCUGCCUGCUGAAGGAAUCCCAAAUUACAAGGACCAUCUUCAUCAGAAGACCACGUGGCCCCCCCCUCCGAGCCAGAACAAGGCUGACCAGCUGCAGUCACCGAGUCCCACCAAGGAGCUGCCUGAGAAGCCGACAUAA